UCCCCCCCCCCCCAGCGCAGGGGCAGAGAGCAGGUGGCCCCGCGUUUGAUCAGGAAAAGUGGGGGAGCACGUGCGGCACCGAGACAGAGGAACUGAGACCCCAGAGCUGCCCAGCCCAGCGGACUAGCUGUACCUCGGGGGCUCAGACGGGGGGCUGUUUGGAAGUGCAGGUUCCCUGCGGCGCUGGGCUCCGGACUGCUCCAGCCUCCCCCGGCCAUGCCAACACGUGUUAUCAAACAGGCGCCUGGUAUGCCGCUCGGCUCAGCCCUGCCAGCUGGGGAUGUGGCUUUUUGCAGGGGGGCUUCUGCUCGGAUAUUUACGGCGCGCGGCGGUCCCAGCAGAAGUUCAAGCAGACUGCUUGCGGUUCGCUCCCGGGCUCGCAGCUGCAGCGCCGGGCACGGGGCGCGGAGCGAGUCUCACCCGCCCGGCCAUGGGCUGCACUUGCAGCACGACCGGCCGCUGCCAAGCCAGGAGCAAGAAACGACUAAGAGCUCGACAGCCAAAGGGGCAGGCUUCCCAGGAGCUGACGGCCGUGAAGACAGAGAAUCAUGUCAUCGCAGCUCCCUUGCACGAGGAUGUGGAGACGACGAAGGCCCUGCUGCUGGAGGAGCAAAAGAGGGAGAUUGGGAGGCUGCUACAAGGACAUCAGGAGGAAACCGAGAGGCUGAAGGAAGCCCACCAGGCAGAGACCCAGAGACUGACCCAAGACGUUAAAAUCCAGGUGGAAAAGGAAAGAGAUUUAGAGCUUAACAAGCAGCUCUCCAAGCAGUUCGACACACUGAACAGAGAGCAUGAAGAGAACCUCCGAGAAGUCCAGAGGGCCCAUGACCAGGAGAUGCUGCUCUUAAGGGAAUCCUACCAAACGGCCCAGUCUUCCUUACAGGAGACGAUUGACAGGUUAAAUUCCCAGCUGAAAUCCUUCCAGGAGAAAAUGAAACGGGUGGAGGAAUCGAUCUUGAGCAGAGACUAUAAGAAACAUAUUCAGGAUUAUGGGAGCCCCAGCCACUUCUGGGAGCAAGAACUGGAGAGUCUGCAUUUUGUCAUAGAGAUGAAGAAUGAACGCAUCCAUGACCUGGACAAGAAGCUGCUGAACUUGGAAACAGUGAUGGAGAGGAACCUGCUUCUGGAGGAGAAAGUGAAAACCCUUCAGCAGGAGAAUGAGGAUCUGCACGUUCAGACACAGAACCACUUGACAAUGACAAGGCAACUGUCUGACAAGCUCCUGGUGGUUCGGGAGGCCCUGGACAAGGAGUCCCAGCUGCGGGAGCAGGCGCACCGGGAGAAGGAAGAGCUGCUGUACAGGGUCCUGAACGGUGACUCUUCCCCCACCUUCCCCAUCCCCUCCAGCGAGGUGCCACUCAUCGCCACGUAGCGCUCCGGGAAGCGGCGACGGAGGCUGCUGGGAUGAGGACGCAAGCGAGGGGCACCAGAGACUCUUCCACCCCUCGUUUUAGCCCUUCCUUUAUUGCACAGGCCCAGAGCUGCUGUCAUGGGGACUCUGUCCGGUAGAAGGGGAGUUCCUCAGACUUCUAACCUUGGGACGGCCGCCCUCUAAGUGAACAGUGCAGUAUUUCUCGGGACCUUUUCAAAGUGCUUUUACCCCUCCUGUGUGUCCCCCUGUCUGACUCUGAACAUGGGGGAGCUUACAAGACACCCCAGAACCUAGACCCGUGCGGCGCGAGAUGUCCUGGCUGCCCCUGGCUUCACAUCUCAGUCAGUAGCGGUGGUUACAAGGGGAGCCAAAGGGCUCUCCGGUGCAUUUGGGGUGGGGAAGAAGAGGUCUGUUUCCCGCACUGGUUUGCCCAGGUGAAUCCGAACCGGAGCUCUGCAUCUGAACAGCCUCCGCUUUUGGGGAAGUUUGGAUCAGGCUCCAGGGCUGAAGUUCGCCGCUCGGGUCCAGCUCUAACCAGAACCAAAGAGAAGGAUGCUCGUCUCAGAUGGAGCUGUUGAAAACAGCACCUAGCUGAGUCCAGCAUCAGCCCCCGCGGGGCGGCUUUGUGGUGUACACAGGCACGCAGCGGGUCAGGCGACCCCAGGCGUCUCUCUCUGGUAUUCUUCGAGAACAACCCCGCCAGGAAAGUUUUGAGACUCUCGGAGCUGGAAUGUGCUGCUCUGUGUGACCCAGGCUCAGGGUUGUCACGGGCAGAAGACGGUGCCCUCUGCUGGCCAAGAAGCAACACCGGCUUCGGAAGAAGCAGCAAGCCUGCUGUUCCCAGCUGGAGAACCGGCUCCCAUGGCCUGUAGCAGGCACCCAAAGUGGUGCCCGAGGCGGCAAAGAGGGGGAAUGACUGCUGGGCCGGGUGAGGAUGGGGAAAGGUAAUGCAGUGGGCAAGAGGUGGACAGAGCUGGUCUCUCCCUGGUGCACUCACUGCCCGGGCUUUCUGGGAGCAGAUGGUUCCAGCUCCAUAGGGUGGCCCAUGGACCCCCGUCCCUGGAAACUGCAUGGCAGUGGCAACCAGAGCUGGACCAGUGAGCGCCUUCAGCAGGAGUUUGGGGAGCAGCAGAGGGGAAGAGGGAUUGUAGCAAACAUGCCCCCGUCUCAGAAAUCCCAGCCCUGCCUGCGGAUGGAUCAUGUGGUCCAGUAGCGCCUCUGGGGCGGAGAUGGGGGGGCAGAGCACUGCCUCCCAGGGCUUCCCUCCCUGGAAUCUCCCCUCCUCAGGGGCUGCUGCAGGUGCCUGUCCCCUUCUGCAGCUCCUCUUCACAGUCCUCCAAGCUUCAGUCCAAAUCCCCCUUAGACUUUGCUGUCACUGCCUCCUGCUUCCUCCUGGCUCAGGACAACAGUCCUAUUGCCCCAGGCUUCCUCCUGGGCCAGCACCUUCUAGUUCUGGCUCUGGCCUCCUCUCUGCCCUUAGCCCAAGAGAAGACAGUCCUAGGUCUACCUCUCUCCUGGGUCUCCUCCCUGGCCUUUCUUUCUGCUCUGCUCCUUCCCUUAUGAAGGCCCAGCUCCUGUUACAUCUAACACCCCUCCAGGUGCCACCCAGUGGCCUAACAAGGCUCAGGCUGGGUUAACCAAGCUGGAGGUUUAUACCCCAUCACAGCGGCGCCAGAUCUCCUCUUACGCUUGGGCUCCUUGACAUCACUCUGGCAGGGUAAAAGGGCCGGAAAGAAGGCACAAAUGUAAUUUAUUCCCCCUUUAAGACUCCUUUCCACUUGCCAGUGUGGUGUCAAGGAGCCUUUUUGUAAAUAUGACUCUGGCCCCUUGACGUCAUAUUGGAUUCACUCUGUACAAAGAGCCCCUGAUGCCUCCCGGUCGUUCGCAAAGUAUUGUCCGCUGCACUCUACACUCACCCCCCCUCUCUCUUGUAGCUCCAGGACACCUCCUGGAAAAAAAUCUUGGUUCCUUGCGAGCUCACCUGCUCCUGUUGUUUACUCCCCUUGUGAACCUUUUAAUUCUCCCCACCAUUGCUGUGGAAAUGACGGUGAUCCUGGAAGAACUCACAAUGGCUGUGAACAGGUGGCUGUACACGCCGAAAACCCCACGCUCACUUCACACCGGAGUCACUGUCACCGAGCACCUUGUCCACUCAGGGCCCAUACACCACGGAACUCUGAAAAUUCUCAACCAGUGAGCCCCGAUGCCUCCAGCUCCUAUUGUCCUGUUUGUCAAGUGGGAAGAGUUUGUUCCAAGUUUGUUCUCACGCAACCUGACGGCCAGGCUGGGCAGACCCACCCCUGCCGGCCUGGCCGAGAUUUACCUGGGAGAAUGGCUGUUUCUUUGGUGAGAGUUUGGCCCACGCGGAAAUUUUGUCGUCAUUUCUGUGCUAGCCGGACUCUCCAAGUUGGAGAGUCACGCGAUUCCGUUCAGCCCACUAAGAGACCUGGGCAAUUUGGAAAUUUUCUUCAGGUGAAAAUUGGCCAUUUUCCCAAAGAAGGGUCACCACUUUCACACUGAAAUGAGGUUUUUCUGUGUCUGGGAGCUGCCUGUUUCCACGGGGGGGAAUUCAAGAUCUUCCCCCUCCUUCCCUGUCCCUUCUCUUCCUCCUCACCUUUUCAUUUUCUCGUUCUCUUCUGUGCCUCUUUCCUUUAUAGGCCCCAGGAGGGUCUUUUAGACAUUGCACAAAAAUGCUCUAGAUCACUGACACCUCAACUAACAAGCAGUUCUCCUCGACCAUCUUUGAGAACAAAUGGGGCGGGGGGACGGAAGGAAGCUGUGUCUAGAACAUGAACUGCUACAGGGUCAAUCCUCGCUGACAGCCGAGUGUUGGCACAACGGGGGCUGGGGGAAAACCAGUCUGUUCUGCUCUGCGUAGCUCAGUCUGUGAGAGGGAUAGACAAGAUCCCCUGAAGAUAUCUCAGACCUUUGCCCGUCUUUCUAGAACCCCCAUAAGCCCUGGGGCCUGAGUGAGGGGAACUUAGCGGGGCUCUCGAGAACAAUGGAGAAGUCAUUGCUCACUCAGUACUGACUAAUUACGGCUCCCCGGCUGCCCCAUCUUGUACCUUUCCUUGCGGCCCCAUUUCUUACGGAGCCCAGGGCUAGAGAGAGACGGUGCAUGGCAGCAGGCAGGGGCAGCUCUGGUGGGCUCCAUUCUCCUUUCGCUUACACUGACGUGACAGGAGCAACUACCUCAGCGUUACACCAGCCUAAGGGAGCGCUGACGCAGGCUCAAGAACUAGGUAGAGAAGCACCUGUCUAAGAGCUCAGACUAGGCCACCCCAGGGGUCCCUUCUGGCCUUACAGUCUAUCAAUCUUGGCUCCGAGAAGCGCGAUGGUCAUAGAAGGCGUCACGACAACGUGGCCUCCUGAAGUGUGUGCUCCCACGUCCCUCGCCGAGGGCUCAGAGCCCCGAGACUCUCCCGGGGCCCAUCUGAGAUGAGGAACCAUCCGUUAGCAAAGCCUGCACUGAUGGCAGUGAGUUAAUCCCCCCUGCCGCUGAAUGAGAAUUUGAACCAUGUUUGGGUCCCACCCUACAACUCGCUCAGAGUACAGUGGCUGGGACGAGAAUCCCUGGGCCUGUGCUCUGCUAGGGGUCCAGUCAUCACAGGGUCUGGCAUCCAUCCGAAAACGUGGCUGAUGUCCCUUUGCCACAGUGAUACCAGCUCCUCCUGCGGAAGCCGAACAGAGGCUGCUAACUUUGGGGUAGCUGUUACUCCUCUAGGGGUGGCUUCUUUCUAAGUCCCCGUUGUGUUUGUAGUGGUAUGUGUAAAGCCAGCUCCAUCGCUGGCUGUCUUCUCUUUCCUUCCCCCCUCCUCCGUGCCCUAAUGUGCCCAGAGCACUGACGGUGCUCCACGCAGACCGGUAAAGCGGGGCGAGAGGAGAUGGCGGCCCAGAACGGCAUGGCUGGGGAGCUGACACGCACUAAUUGGAUUCACGCAAGCACUUUCCACUGGGCGUGCGAAUGCUGGCGGGAGAGACCAAGUGGAGCGUUAGCUGGUGCCACAGACUGCCCCUAAGCUUUGCACCAGGAGUGUGGAGCUGUGUGUGUGUAACGCCUGUGUGCUAAAGGCUGUAACAACACAGUUCUGGGAGGGGAAGAUACCCAAAGAAUGAAAUGUCAGUAUUUUCCA